CAACUUCCGCUGCCGUGUGGUGUCGUGAUUCAGGAGCUCUUGUGGUGCUUUCGGUGAUGACGGAGAGCAACACUUACCUCACCUCACCUGUUCAAAGCCGCCUCAAAACAACACCGCCGAGGAUGAUUUUCAUUUGACUACACGCAUUGUUUUAUCUCCCCGGGUGGCAGCCUACAUGCCUGGAGGAAAUUUUAAAAAAAAUGCAUCAUCAUCGGAGUUACACACCCGUGUCUUGGCCUAUCAGAAAUAUUUUCUAAGAAAAACUGCAGCUGAUGGUAAAAACUACAAAUCCCAGCAGGAGAAUUGUUGAUAUAAUGAAAUAUUAAAGAUUCCAUGAAGUGGGAAGUCAUUAUUCAGCACUACAGCAACACUAGUGGUCCAUAAAGGUAUAUUACAGUGAUUUUUCAUCUGGAUGUCAGUGACUGAUUACCAGAUGUGACUGGGGAUAUGAAUAUCCUGGCCUAACUCCCUGAACACCCUAAGGAUAAAGAUAAGUUAAGUGUGUGACUGCGGGAUCAACAGUAGCCAUGCACAGCCCUGCUCCUGAAAUUGUAGCUGGGUACCCAACCGGGUGCGUGGCGGAUAAAGAUGCCAAUCCAGAGACGACCUUGGGGAGUGCCUACUCUCCGGUGGACUACAUGAGCAUCACCAGCUUCCCCAGGCUGCCAGAGGACGACAUGCUGUCCGGGGAAAACACCCUAAAAUCUCGCAAAGAUGACGACAACGUCCUGAGUGAGCAGGAUACAGACCCAGAUCUGUUUCUGAAGUCGGCUCGCCUACAGCGUCUCCCCUCCUCGGCUUCGGACCUGGCUAGCCACGAUCUCGCAUCCCUGCGGGAGACCACCGUAGACCCCUUUACAGAAGACUGUGCCUGCCAGCGAGAUGGACUGACAGUCAUCAUCACAGCUUGUCUCACCUUUGCCACGGGAGUCACUGUAGCUCUCAUCAUGCAGAUCUACUUUGGAGACCCACAGGUGUUUAACCAAGGAGCUGUGGUGACAGACGUGGCCCAGUGUACAUCUCUUGGCUUUGAUGUCCUUGAGAAACAGGGGUCCAGUGUUGACGCUGCCAUCACUGCUGCCCUCUGUUUGGGAAUCGUCCACCCUCACACAUCUGGUAUUGGAGGUGGUGGAGUUAUGUUGGUGCAUGACAUCCGUAAGAAUGAGACGAGGGUCAUCGACUUCAGAGAGACGGCACCAUCUGCCAUCCACGAGGAGAUGCUGCAUACGAACCUUGAUCAAUAUCCCGGCCUGCUGGUGGGAGUACCAGGCAUGCUCAGUGGGAUGCAUCAGGCACACCAGCUCUAUGGCAGAAUGCAGUGGAAGGAUGUGGUUACCAUGGCAGCAGAUGUGGCCAGAAAUGGAUUUAAUGUUACUCAUGACCUUGCUGAAGCUCUGGCUAAAGUUAAGGACCAAAACUUGCCAGAUGCAUUUCGGGAUUUGUUCCUCCCGAACGGCCAGGCACCCCUCCCCGGGCUGUUAACCAGACGUCAUGAUUUAGCAGCCAUCUUGGAUGCCGUCGCAGUUAAGGGGAUAUCAGAGUUCUACAGUGGGAACCUGACACAGGAAAUGGCAGCAGCAGUGCAAACAAGAGGCGGAGUGCUCACAGAGGAUGACUUUGGAAACUACAGCACGGUCUUACAGCAACCGGCAGAGAUCAUCUAUCAAGGACACCAUGUGAUGGCAGCUUCGGCCCCGCAUGCAGGUGUUGCUUUGAUCACUGCUCUCAACAUCCUGGAAGGCUACAACAUUACCAGCCAGGUGGCCAGGAACAGCACCUACCACUGGAUUGCAGAGGCUGUGAAGAUAGCUCUUGCCCUGGCUAGUGAGCUGGGAGACCCCAUGUAUGACUCUUCUGUCUCAGAGAUUGUCACCAAGAUGCUGAGUAAAUCACAGGCUUCCCUGCUCCGCCAGAUGAUCAACGACUCUCAGGCCUUCCCUGUCGGCCAUUACACUGCAUCAUAUACCCUGGAGAAGGGUGCAGCAGCUGCCCAGGUCAUGGUCAUGGGCCCAGAUGACCACAUUGUGUCAGUUAUGAGCUCUCUAAACAAACCAUUCGGCAGCGGGAUAGUGACUCCUUCAGGAAUCCUCUUGAAUAGCCAGAUCCUGGACUUCUCCUGGCCUAAUAAAACAGGGAGCUCAUCACCGAACCCACAUAACAGCCUCCUGCCUGGGAAGAGGCCGAUGUCCUUCCUGAUGCCCACAGCAGUGAGACCUGCCGUGGGGUUAUGUGGCACAUACGUAGCCAUCGGAUCUUCCAAUGGAGAGAAAGCACUCAGUGGCAUCACACAGGUGCUGAUGAAUGUUCUGUCUUCGCGUAAAAAUAUGAGUGACAGCUUAGCGUAUGGAAGACUUCACCCACAGCUGCAGCCCAACACCCUCCUGGUGGACU